AUGGGGAGCUUUAGUGUUAUUCGUAAAGAGGAAAGAUGGGCUGAUGAGGCUUUACAUCGAUUAUCGUCAUUUGAACAAUUGCAAGUAAAAGAUGUGGAUAUUCUGAAAAUGACCUUUAGGACUUGGUCCUACGAAUUCUUAGUGAUGCCCUUUAGACUUGCAAAUGCUUUCGCUGCUUUCAUGGAUCUCAUGAACAGAGUCUUCCAGCCUUAUUUAGAUUAUUUUGUGUUAGCCUUCAUCGAAAACAUUCUAAUAUACUCCAAGUCUGAGUUGGAGCAUGAGAAGCAUCUAAGGUUAGUCCUUAAAAUCUUGUGUGAGAAAAAGUUGUAUGCAAAAUUCAGUAAGUGUGAAUUUUGGCUCCGAGAAGUAGUGUUUCUUGGCCAUGUGGUAUAUGUUAAGGGUAUCCGAGUUGAUCCUGAAAAGAUUCAGACUAUGUUGGAUUGGAAGCAGCCUAAGAGUGUUAGUGAGAUUCAGAGUUUUCUUAGACUUGUUGGGUAUUAUCGGAGGUUUGUUUUGGGUUUUUCCUUUAUUGCUACACCAAUGACAAAGUUGUUGAGAAAGAGUGCGCCAUUUAAAUUUAUUGAGGAAGCACAAGCUAGUUUUGAGAAACUUAAGGCAAUGUUAACUCAAGCUCCUGUAUUGAUCCAACCCGAGCCUAGUAAGGAUUAUGUGGUCUAUAGUGAUGCUUCUCAUAUAGGUCUCAGUUGA